CUGAAUGUUUGGGUAGAGGUUUAAAUGCAUCAAAUAUCCCUAGCUGUGUGCUCUGCCACCCCCCAAUUUUUCCUCGUGUUUGAUCACCGAGUAAGCAUUGCACUGCGUACAUGUGGCUGUCACUUAACCAUUCAUGUCUUGACUUCAGAAGGAUGAAGAUGAUUGAGGAGCGUCGGAGGAGGAAGACAUAGAUGAGGAUGAUUGAGGAGCGUUGGAGGAGGAAGACUUAGAUGAGGAUGAUUGAGGAGGGUUAAAAAAGGAUGGCUUGGAUGUGACUGGUUUGGGGAAAACAGGCUUAGACGAGGAUAAUUUGGAGUGUUGGAG